AAGGGGAAGAGCCCGGCGCUGGCUGGAGACCCACGAGUCCAUGCAGCGGAGGUUAUCCCGGGACCGGAUCGGGCAGAGCCGGUCCCGGGCGGAGAAGGGGCGGCCUCCCGUGGCCUCGGUGCCCCACGUGGACGUGGUCCCCGGCCGGCUGAGCGAAGCCGACUGGGUGGGCCUGGUGCAGAAGGAGGAAGGAGAGGAUGCCGUGGGCGACCUGUUGGCCCAACUGCUCCAUCGGGUCACCGAGGACGCCUUCCAGCUCUACCUCAGGCGCCAGCGCGUCCCUUUCACGGUGAGCCAGGCGCAGGAGGCCCUGCUCCAGAUGGUCGAGUGGCGCUUCCUGGCCCGGGACGAGGGGGAGACGGCCGCGCACGGCGGGGGGACACCCGCGCUGGGCCCCGGCUGGGAGGAGGACGAAGAGCCACGCACCUGUGCCACUGACGCCUGGGCCCAGGGCGCUGUGCCCGUCCUGGCUAGCCCUGGCACCCUCUCACCCCAGGACCAGGAGGCCAGGAGCGCGGCCGGCACGACCCCGCGGACCCCGGAGACCCCGGACUCGUGCCCGGCUUUCCGAGAGCCUCCCGAGACCCCCAGGAGCUCUCCCGUGUCGUCCGAGUCCGGCUCCGGGCCCGGCCCAGGCCCCAGCCCCCCGACGGCGCGAGCCCCCCGCUCCGGCGAGAGGGAGUCGGGCGGUCGGGCCCCCCGCGGCCUCGGGGUCCCGGCCCCGUCCCGGGACGCGCCCGCCGGCCCCUCCCGGCCGCAGCCCGGCCCCAGGCCGCCGGGCACGGCGGGACCCACCCUCAAAUCUGGGGCCUUGCCUCGGCUGGACCCCGCCCGGCUCCCCCGCCACCUGCAGCGCCCGCUGGCCGAGGUCCUUGACCCCGACCUUGGGCGGCGGGGACCGGACAAGGGCCCGGGGCCGCCCGGCUCCCCCAAGACGGUCCCCUGCCGCCCCAGGGUCCCGAGGCCCGGCCCUGACGGGUCCCGGUCCAAGUGGCCGCAGGAAGUGGAGGAGCUGGCGGGGCUGCGGCGGGGGCCGAGGGCCGGGGGCCGGGGCCCGGGGCCCUCGGGGCCCUCGGGGCACGUGGCCGGAGCCGGCCCCGGGCCUCGCGUCCUGGCCUCCGACAGCCCGCUGCCCUGGAAGCCCAGCAUCCUGCUGCAGUCUGUGGAGCUGGCCGACGGCGUGGCCGUCCGGGACCCCGCCACGGGGGCCAGCCGCGCCCGCCCGGCCCCGCUCGACGGGCCCGUGGGCCCCGACCCCCGCCUGCGGCCCGUGCGGCCCCUCGUCCCCCAGCCCCGCCUGGCCGUGGCCCGGCUCCUGGCCGGACCCCCGCCCCAAGUGUGGCCGCUGCCUCCGCUGGCCUUCCCCUACCAGCCCCUCGGACCCUCGUGA